CUAAUCAACUAAAUGGUUUGAAUAAUAAGCUUGUUUCUCAAAUUACUUACGAACGAAAGUCUCAUGCUAAUCUUAAUGCCAAGCAGUUAAAAGAAAUAGAAUCGCUAAAGUCUAUAGUUAAAUCACUGGAAAGCAUAAUAUCUUCAAUGCAAAAAGUUUCAUCUUUGAAGGAUUCUGAUAUCAUCUCUCUUGGAACUAAAAUAAAUGAACUGGAGGCUGACAAUCCUUCUCUUGAGAUUAAAGCAAAGGAAUUGGAAAAUGAAUUGGAGAAAGUUACGCAAAAUUCAUCAUUUAAAGAUGGAUUAAUUUUCUGUUUCAGGUCUAGGGUAAGUAAUCUGGAAGAUGAACUAGAUCAGAUCAUUUUGCAAUCACAUCAGUCAAUUAAUGAUUCAAAAAUAGGUAGUGCAGAAGUAGAUCUAGUUUUAUCAUCCAAUGAUUAUGCUUUAGUGUCUUUGGCUAAGCGAGGUGAAGCAGUAAAAGAGGUAUCCCAUUUUUCUUCACACUGCUCAGAGUCUGAACCUGAUGAAAGCAUAGUAAAAGAUGAGAUAGGGUCCUAA